AUUUUUAUCACCCAGUUUCAGUCAUCAUCCCGCCAUCUCUAUCUCUCUCUCUCCUUUGACUUUUAUUCCUCACUCUGUCUUCUUCCCCAAAUUCUCUGCAUUUCCUGCAGAUUUCUCUGCUUCACCUCUAAUUUCUCUCAAUUGCACGACCAUCUUCUCUCUCUCAUCUUCUUCUAGCCUCUGCUGUGGCGCCUUCGCUCUUCUCCGCUGUAAUUUUUGCCGUUCUUCCUUGACCUUGGUUGUAAACCUAGAUUUUGACCUUGUUGUCUGCAAGUUUAUCCAACUUCAUGGGCUCUGUUAUUGAUGUCGUCCCUGUUUUUCUGUUCUGUUUCCCUUUUACGUACAGUAAUAACUGAAGUUUUUGCUGUUUUUGGAUAAUUGGACUGCAGUCUUUGUCAUGUUUAUGCUGUUUUUUUGGUUAUAUAGAAGAACUGUAUAAUGGAUGUAAGAAUGGGGUUUUCGGACUCGAAUGAUAUUAGUAUGAGCAGUAGUAUAUGCUGUGUCGCCGGCGCCAACGAGACAUUUUCGCCGGAACCCUCGCCGCUGGACGUUACAGCGUUCAAGCGCCUCUCAGAAACUCUGGAAUCAGUGUUUGACGCGUCUUCCUCGCCGGACUUUGAUUUCUUCGCCGAUGCAAAGCUGGUGGCGGCCUGUGGCAAGGAAAUUCCGGUGCACCGGUGUAUUCUAUCCGCGAGGAGUCCGUUCUUCAGGAGCGUAUUUAGUGGGAAAGAUAAAAGUGUGAAAUUGGUUUUGAAAGAGUUGAUGAAGGAGUAUGAGGUGAGCUAUGAUGCCGUAGUGACUGUUUUGGCUUACCUUUAUUGUGGAAAAAUUAGAGGUUCGCCCAAGGAUGUAUGCGUCUGUGUUGACAUUGAGUGCUCACAUGUAGCUUGUAGGCCGGCAUUGGAAUUCAUGGUGGAGCUUUUAUAUGCUUCCUUUACUUUUCAGAUAUCAGAGUUGAUCACAAAGUUUCAGAGACAGCUUCUAGAUAUUCUCAAUAAGGCUGCAGCGGAUGAUGUACUGAUGGUUUUGUCUGUCGCAAACAUGUGUGGUAAAGGGUGUGAGGCAUUACUUGCCACCUGCAUUGAUAUUAUUGUCAAAUCAGAUGUUGAUAUAAUAACUCUUGAAAAGGCAUUGCCUUUUCACAUUGUGAAGCAAAUUACUGAUUCCCGCAUGGAGCUUGGCUUGCAACUGCCAGAAAGCAACGGGUUUCCAGAUAAACAUGUGAAGAGAAUACACAGAGCUUUGGAAUCUGAUGAUGUUGAAUUGGUGAGGAUGCUAUUAAAAGAGGGGCAUACUAAUUUAGAUGAUGCAUAUGCUCUCCACUAUGCUGUAGCCUAUUGUGAUGCGAAGACUACAGUAGAUCUACUUGAUUUGGCAAUUGCAGAUGUCAACCAUCGAAAUUUGAGGGGAUACACGGUGUUGCAUGUCGCUGCAACGAGAAAAGAUCCUAAAAUUAUAGUGUCCCUUUUGACAAAGGGAGCUAGACCUUCUGAUUUGACAUCGGAUGGCAGGAAAGCACUUCAAAUUGCAAAAAGGCUCACUCGGGCCGUGGAUUAUAAAUCUGCAGAGGAAGGAAAAGCUCCAAAGGAACGGUUGUGUAUAGAGAUUCUGGAGCAAGCAGAAAGAAGAGAUCCGCUACUAGGAGAAGCUUCAGUAUCUCUUGCUAUGGCUGGUGAUGAUCUGCGUAUGAAGUUGUUGUACCUUGAAAAUAGAGUUGGGUUGGCUAAACUUCUAUUUCCAAUAGAAGCUAAAGUCGCAAUGGAUAUUGCCCAAGUUGACGGUACUUCUGAGUUCCCUCUAGCAAGCAUCAUCAACAAGAAUAUGGCUGAUGCACGGAGGAUGACUGUGGAUUUGAAUGACGUACCUUUCAAGCUCAAAGAUGAGCAUCUGAAUCGGAUGAGGGCACUUUCCAAAACAGUGGAACUAGGAAAGCGCUUUUUCCCACGCUGCUCUGAAGUUCUGAAUAAAAUCAUGGACAAUGAAGACUUAUCGGAGAUUGCUUGCAUGGGGAAUGAGACACCAGAAGAGCGACAAGCGAAGAAGCAAAGGUACUUAGAACUUCAAGAAAUUCUGACCAAAGCUUUCACAGAGGAUAAAGAGGAAUUUGACAAGGCCAACAUCUCAUCAUCUUCUUCCUCAACAUCUUUGGCGGCUGUUAAUUCCAAUGGUAAGCUCCCCUUUAAAAAGCCUGGUUUGUAAAUAAGUAGCAGAAGAAAAUCAUUCUGUUGUACAUCACAAAUACAACCCCCAUGGUGAAUGUCUAUGCUCAGUGUCUGUUGUACAUUGCAAAGCAAGGUUUAGAAAGAAAAAUAACAUUAGUUGGUCAGAAGAAGUGGGUAUCUCAAGUUCUCUAUUAGGGAAAGUUUAAGGGCAUAAUCAAUCAUUAGAGUGUGGCACUUGCUUUUAUGUUAAACAAAAUCCCACCUGUAAAACUUGUAGUUCCAUUUUUGACAGAUAAGGACCACUAAGAAAUAAAGGUAGCAUUAUUUUGAGCA